AUGCUACGCACAUCCUUCAGCGUCUUCGACGCCCUCGUUUUUGGGCGUGGGACCGCCGUUCGCCACACUAGCACCACGAUACUGAGGAAUGUCGCCGUUCGCAGCAGUCCACCAAGGACGGGGCUGCCUUGGGCAAGAUCCUUCACCGCUUCCGCACAUGCGGCGCCAACCAAGACAUCUCCGCUGUCCGGCGGCUUCCGGUUGAGGCGUCCGUUCCAUACCACACGGCCACGACGAACCGCAGACACCGCGGGAGCUGGGGAGGCCACGGCGGAGGAGGGGUCGUUGUCGCUGAGCGCGCGGUUGAAGAAGCUGUCGCGGGAAUAUGGGUGGUCGGCGGUUGGGGUGUAUUUGGCGUUGUCGGUGCUGGAUUUCCCGUUUUGCUUCUUGCUUGUACGGACGGUUGGGACGGAAAAGAUUGCCCAUCUUGAGGAAAUUGUCAUCCGGAACGUCCAGAAGAUUGUUCCCGACCGGUUGCAGGCUUGGUGGGUUGAAUAUCGCCAGGCAUUGAAGGAUGCGAAGCGCGAGCGGGUGGGCGAGGUAGAUGAGGUUAUUGGCCACGGUGUUGCCGAGGCCGAGCUGAGGAACAAUGAGGGAGCGAGUCUGGCCACGCAGCUUGCGCUCGCAUACGCGAUUCACAAGAGCUUCAUUUUCCUCCGUGUGCCUCUGACUGCAGCCGUCACGCCCAAGGUAGUCAAGGUCCUGCGGUCUUGGGGCUGGCAGAUUGGCAAAAACGUGAAGAAGGCCAAGGCAUGA